UAUGGAAUCUGCAUGGUUAAAUAGUUAGGCAAUACAUAAGCUUUGUUUUGCCCUAACCCUAACUAGAGAGCUAGCAAAUUAAUUAGCCAUGGCUGCUCCUCCAUUUAACCCGGUACCAAUAGCAUACCAAGGAGGAUCAGCAGCGGUUCCCGAAUGGCUAAACAAAGGAGACAACGCGUGGCAAAUGAUCUCGGCCACCCUGGUCGGCCUCCAGAGCGUACCGGGGCUCGUCAUUCUCUACGGAAGUAUCGUAAAAAAGAAAUGGGCAGUCAAUUCCGCUUUCAUGGCCUUAUACGCGUUCGCUGCAGUUGUCAUUUGUUGGGUGACUUGGGCGUAUAAGAUGUCGUUCGGCGACGAGCUUUUACCGUUUUGGGGGAAAGCCGGACCUGCCUUGGGGCAGAAGUUUCUGAUAAAACAGGCUGCAUUGCCUGCAACUACACAUUAUUUUAAAAAUGGAGAAGUGGAGACCGCCAUGGCCGAACCGUUCUAUCCGAUGGCUACGAUGGUUUGGUUUCAAUGCGUGUUUGCUGCCAUAACGUUGAUUUUGCUUGCGGGAUCGGUACUUGGGAGGAUGAAUAUAAAGGCGUGGAUGGCUUUUGUGCCGCUUUGGCUGACGUUUUCGUAUACGGUGGGGGCGUUUAGCUUGUGGGGCGGAGGGUUUUUGUUUCAUUGGGGUGUUAUGGAUUAUUCCGGUGGCUAUGUUAUUCAUCUUUCUUCUGGUAUUGCUGGCUUGACUACUGCUUUUUGGGUGGGUCCAAGAUCAAAAAAGGACAGGGAGAGAUUUCCACCAAAUAAUGUACUAUUAGUGCUAGCAGGAGCAGGAUUAAUAUGGAUGGGAUGGGCAGGAUUCAACGGUGGAGAUCCAUACAGUGCCAACGUGGACUCUUCCAUGGCCGUCCUGAACACAAACAUAUGUGCAGCUACAAGCCUUCUGGUUUGGACUUUGCUUGAUGUCAUUUUCUUCGACAAACCUUCUGUUAUUGGCGCUGUUCAAGGCAUGAUCACCGGCCUUGUUUGCAUCACUCCUGCUGCUGGUAUUGUUCAAGGAUGGGCAGCAAUAGUAAUGGGGAUCCUAUCAGGAAGUGUUCCAUGGUUCACAAUGAUGAUUAUACAUAAAAGAUGGACACUCCUCCAAAAGAUUGACGACACUCUUGGCGUCUUUCAUACACAUGCCGUAGCUGGCCUCCUAGGCGGCGUUUUAACGGGUAUUUUUGCUGAACCCGAAUUAUGCGCUCUCUUUUUACCUGUCACCAACUCUAGAGGAGCCAUCUACGGCGGAUCUGGAGGAAUGCAAGUUCUGAAACAAUUAGUCGGUGGUGCAUUCGUCAUUGGAUGGAACGUUGUUGUUACGUCAAUUAUUUGUGUGGUGAUCAACUUGGUGAUCCCGCUGCGUAUGCCGGAGGAGCAUCUACUGAUAGGGGACGACGCUGUGCAUGGUGAAGAGGCAUAUGCGUUAUGGGGUGAUGGAGAAAAAUAUGACUCGAGUAAGCACGGGUUUUACUCAGACGACACCACGCACCAUAAGACACCAAUUGUUGCAGCUCAAGCUGUCUAGUUAAUUUAGAAUUAGAAAGAUUCAGUUCACCACGUAAAAUUAAAUUUUUUUACCAUAUGAAGUAAUUGGUUAAAGUCUCGAAUCAAUUUUUAGAUAAUUACAUUUAAGUGAUAGGUAAUUUUAAUUAAAAUGUGUCAUGCGUCACACUACUAAAAAUGAAGUUAAAAUUUUACGUGGUAAACCGGAUUUAACUAAGAAAUUUAUUUAGAAUAAAUUGUUAUUAGGAAUUAUAUUUGUUAGGUUUUCAUGUUUGUCAGCAACUUUUUGUUACUCGUGUUUUGUGUUGUAAGUGUAAAUUGCAUUUGCUAGGACAAGUUAAUGUAUUGUAGAGUACUUAUGUGCAAAGUAAGCUUUAUGUUCUUGCUAAAAACAUUCUUUCCUGCUAUUCUUUGUUUUCCUCGAACG